AUGCCGUCACUCUUCGUGCCCGCCCGCUCCUCGCGGCACCGGAUAGCAUGCUUCGCUCUUUACCGUUCCCUCCUCCGCCAAGGCCUGCGCGUGCCCCUCCCCGAUGAGCUAUCGACCGCCUCACCCCUCGGCCCCGCCAACCCGAUCCAAACCCUCAUCCGCAACGCCUUCCACCGCAACAAGCGCGACACCUCCCCCCGCCUCGUCGUAUCCGCCCUCAAAAACGGCUACCGCUACCUGACCCUCCUCUCGCGCGCCGCCGACGCCACCAGCCCCGAGCACGCCUCGGCGCUCACCUUCCUGCGCGAGAACCAGGCGCGCGUGGUCGACGUCAAAGCCAAAGCGGCCGACGCCGCCGCCAAGCGCAUCUCGACCGCGCCCAUCGCCGACCGCACGCCGCUGCUGAAGCGCGUGUCGGCCGACGGCGAGCCCCCCGUCUACGAGCCCGCCGCCCCCCCGCGACCGCUCGAGGCCUUCAAGACGGGCGUGCGCAAGCCGCCCACCCUGGCCGCGGCCUCGGGCGUGCCCUUCCUGCGCUUCUGGAAACCCCAGCCGCGCUUCCUGGAGCGGGUCGUGCGCCAGAAGUCGCAGCGCCGCGCGAAGCGGAUUGCCAGGAUACUGGAGAUGCAGGGGGGCGAGGAGAUGGAUAGUGUGGUGGAGGAGGAUCAGUGGGAGAUGUUGGUGGCGAAGAUGUUGGCGGAGGAGAAGGGGGUUAAGAGCGGGGACGCCGGGCCGACGAGGGAGGCGACGUACAAGCAGACGCUGUGCGAUGCGGUGUCGUACUUGGCGGAUAUCGCUGAGAAGGAGAGGGUUGAUCUUAUGGCGAGGGGUGAGGCCAUGUGGAAGAUUGUGUUGACAGAGCAGGAGAUGGCUUUGCAGGAGGAAAAGGACAGGCUUGCGCGGGAGGGGAUGGAGGGAGAGGAGCCGCAACUCAGGGUGUGGAAGCGCCCGGUGCAUAAGAGAGUGCCUAGGGUGGACCCGACAGACAAAAAUGAGGGGGUGGAAAAGCUGAAGCUGAGCAUCAGGCGGGUGCGAGUGGGCAAAGCAAGUCCCGGGCCUGGUUCUAGUGAAGGGGCACGGAAACAAACAGGGCCAACUCGGCAGUCGACGGAGACUGGAGCAUCAACAGACACUGGACCGUCAACCGGAGUCGAUUAG